AGACAACCUUUUGAUUCACCUUAUUUGAUUUACCUAAACAGGAGUAUCUUCCGGGCUGUUUUGUUAGCGAAAGGGGGCGUCGAUUACCGUAAAUCCUAAUGUAAUGCAGCUGUUAGGAUAGCCUGCAUAAUGCCAUUGACUACCUUAUUUUUUAUCUUUCUUUGGAGCAGUUUUGCUUCAAAAUGAUAUGAUCUAAUCGCGGAAACAAUGCCACUAGACCAACAGGAACUCGAGCUAACAUUGGCGCUGUCACUGCCCCUAUCCCGCAUUGACAGCUGGGUUACGCGGAGGCUCGUCGGUCGUAUGCUUUGUGUGAUGCGGGAAGCUGCUGAACGUUUUGUUGUGGAAUUGAAAUCGACAUUGUGAAAAAGUCUUUGUUCAUCUUUUCAUUCAAAACGGAGUUUGAAAUUCGGCAAGGAGAGAUGAAGAAUCUACUCCCUGGGAUAGUCCUGACGUUGUUGAUAUUUUUAGAGUACAUAGAGGCCAAAAAGUACUGCUGGUAUUUUGAAGGCGGAUACCCCAUCUACUUUAUAUGCCGCUCGUACGAGGACUGCUGUGGGACCCGAUGCUGUGUCCGAGCCCUCUCCAUCCAGCGGCUAUGGUACUUCUGGUUGAUGCUGAUGAUGGGGGUGCUAUUCUGCUGCGGAGCAGGCUUCUUCUUCCGCAGGUGCAUGCACCCCUCGCCCCUCAGCGACGAGCAUGCCUUCAACGUCUCCUUCACCAGGCAGCCUGUGUCCACGCCAGUAUCCCAGCAGCCUGGCAUGGUAGGCUAUGGCGACCCCGGCGGCGUCAUGACUUCCCCCCUCACCCCCGUCUACCCCAUCCAGCCCGGCCCCGCCCAUAUGAUGAACGACUACCCUCCACCGCCCUCGUACUGUAACCACCCACCCCCGCCUUAUGAACAGAUUUUCCGGACACCAGAGAAGAAGACCUGAGCCCUAGGACCAUGCUUCAGGACUACCUGACAU